AUGAGAUUAUCAGUUUCAAUUGCUACAGUAACAUCAAUUGCAUCAGUGAUUGGUGGCGCUGAAAGUUUAAGAGUUCCUACAUUCCAACCGUACGUUGAUAACGUUCAACAGCAUCUUAAUCUUAAUUUUGACAAGGUUCAAUCGCAAUACAGCAAUUUCGUCGAUAAUUUCGAUAUUGGUAAGAACAAUGUCAUUGAGUCUAUUGCUAAGUACUUGAAUGAGCCAUUAUCGGAGAUUCCUAAGAAUACCAAGCAAAUAUGGCUGGAAAUGAUGCUUCAAUUUCCAGACACUGUUGGCAAGAUGAACUUUAAGACCAAUCCAAAGACUGUUACACCUAAGUCGUCGGAUAUGUUUAACUUCCACGUUGAGGAUGCUAAGGUUCCAAACCACAAAUUGAGAGUUAAGUCGACUCCAAAGGAUUUGGGAAUUGAUGACGUCAAGCAAUAUACUGGUUAUUUGGAUGUCAAGGACGAAGACAAGCACUUUUUCUACUGGUUUUUCGAAUCGAGAAACGACCCUAAGAAUGACCCAGUUAUUCUUUGGUUGAAUGGUGGUCCAGGUUGUUCGUCGUUGACAGGUUUGUUUUUCGAAUUGGGCCCAUCGUCCAUUGGUGCCGACUUAAAGCCUAUUCGUAACCCUCAUAGUUGGAACAAUAACGCAUCGAUUAUCUUUUUAGACCAACCGGUUAAUGUUGGAUUUUCUUACUCGUCUGAUUCUAUCACAAACACCAUUGCUGCCGGAAAGGAUGUUUAUGCCUUCUUAGAAUUGUUCUUCAAGCAAUUCCCUGAGUACAAGAAACCAGAUUUCCACAUUGCCGGUGAAUCGUAUGCUGGUCACUAUAUUCCAGUCUUUGCCACUGAAAUUUUAUCUCAUGAUGAUCGUUCAUUCAACUUGAGUUCGGUUUUAAUUGGUAACGGUUUGACUGAUCCUUUGACCCAAUACGAGUACUACGAACCAAUGGCUUGUGGUAAGGGUGGUGAGCCAUCUGUUUUGGAACCAGGUGAAUGCCAAUCUAUGACUGAUUCCAUUCCAAGAUGUUUAUCCUUAAUUGAAUCCUGUUAUGACUCCGGAUCUAUCUGGUCCUGUGUUCCAGCUACCAUCUAUUGUAACAACGGCCAAAUGGGACCAUACCAAAAGUCAGGCAGAAAUGUGUACGAUAUCCGUACCAUGUGUGAAGGCUCUAGUUUAUGCUACUCUGAUUUGGAAUACAUUGAUCAAUACUUGAAUCAAGAUGAAGUUAAAUCCAAAUUAGGUGUAGAAGUCGACGCAUACGAAUCUUGUAAUUUUGAUAUCAACAGAAACUUUUUGCUUGCAGGUGACUGGAUGAAGCCUUACCAUAAGGCGGUCGUCGACUUGUUAGAACAAGAGUUACCUAUCUUAAUCUAUGCUGGUGAUAAGGAUUUCAUCUGUAACUGGUUAGGUAACCAAGCCUGGACUGAUAAAUUACCAUGGUCUGGUCAAGAAAAGUUUGCUGAACAACCUAUUAGAGAAUGGAAGGUCGGUAAAGAAACUGCCGGUGAAGUUAAGAACUACAAGCACUUUACCUUUUUAAGAAUUUUCGGUGGGGGACAUAUGGUUCCUUACGACCAACCUGAAAAUGCUUUAGAUAUGGUAAACAGAUGGGUUAAGGGUGACUACAAGUACUAA